AUGAAAUAUGUACCUUUCCCCAGUGUUGAAUCCCAUGGCAGCCCAAGGCAGAAUCUCUGUUCAGCUGUGCUGAAGCUUAGCCCAGGAGCCUUGAUAGAAGCACAGCUCCCCCCUUUGGUCAAUGCAAGAGAUGUUGCAGCACGCAAGUGGUUGUCCAUUGACAAAUCUGCCGAUAGAGGUGUAGGGAGUGGACGUGCAGUGCUGUCGUCUAUGAAGAACGCAGUGAAAGAUCUCAAUGUCAUUUUCAAGGGCAGAUUUUGUUGCUUUUCUAAGGACCCACUUGUGGAUGUGGAUGCUUGGGGUGAAUCAAUUGAUAAACUAUUGGCCUGCAAAGCUGGCCAGGCAGCUUUCCAGGAGUUCCUGAAGACAGAGUACAGCGAGGAAAACAUCCUGUUCUGGUUGGCCUGCGAGGACUACAAGAAGAUCAAGAGCACUCCAGAGAUGAUCGUCUCUGCAAACAGAAUUUACGCAGAGUUUGUGCAAACGGAAGCUCCCAAACAGAUCAACAUUGACUGUGGGACCAGAGCAAAUAUCACCAAGAAUAUCAACCAGCCUGACCUGAACUCGUUUGACACAGCACAGAGGCUAAUUUACAGUCUAAUGACUAGAGAUUGCUACCCAAGGUUCUUGAAAUCUGACAUUUACCAAGGGGUCUUACAAAAUGGAAGAAAAGGCUGA